CGCGGCCCUGGGGCGGGGGUGCGGGCGGGGCGCCCGGCCGGGCAGCUUCCUUUUCUGCUGCCUGCCUGGGAGUGGCGUCCACACCCGCUCCGCCAUGACCCUAGCAGUGUUUGACCUCGUAAAAGUUUGUGUCUUUAUGACAUUUCCAGGCCCCGAGACCCAGCCACCCCUGUGGUGGCCGCCUUCCCAGAGUGUGCGGGGCCUGCCCGGGGCCCUCGGGGAGGUCACAGGGUCUCGCUGACUUGGUGUUGAAUGGCUCACCAGGCAGAAAGGCUCAGUAGGGUUUCUGGGAAGGCCCUCCUCCUGUCUGUGCUUACUCAGAGGAGAGGCCGCACACCCAGAGACACCAGCAGUGACCUGUCCGCCCCACCGGUCUGCCCACCGCAGUCGAGUAACCGCCCUAAAUGCGACGUCUCUAGGCGUUUCUUCCUUUAGCUCUGCACCCCCCCAGUUAGCCCGAGAGAACUACCCCAACCGCAGCCCAGUCCCGCAGUCUGUGGAGGCUGCUGGGCUGCAUGAUUUGAGAGGGGCCAGGCUUGGGCACACAGAAGGCUCAGGCAGUAAUGGCAGGUCCUGCCAGCUGACCUCAGGACUGAGAAGUGGUUGAUCAGGUUCCCUGAGGCCCGCUUCUGUGCCAGAGUCCCUGCAGCUCCUGCCAGGGCAGUCGGCUCCUGCACUAGGCCAGCCCUUCCCAUCCCGGCCUUGUUUACCCUGGUCCUUCUGACCUCCUUGCUACGGGAGAAUGUAUUUACCGGGCAAUCAAAGAUCUAUACCUACAUGAGCCCGAACAAAUGCUCUGGAAUGCGUUCCCCCCUUCAGGAAGAGAACUCAGUUGCACAUCACGAAGUCAAAUGCCAGGGGAAGCCGUUAGCCGGAAUCUACAGGAAACGCGACGAGAAAAGAAACUCUGGGAAUGCAAUACGAAGCUCCAUGAAGGCCGAGGAACAGAAGAUCAAAGACGCCAGGAGAGGUCCCCUGGCCCCUUUUCCAAACCAAAAAUCUGAAGCAACAGAACCUCCCAAAACCCCGACCUCGUCUUGUGAUUCUCCCAAUGCAGCUGCCGCCAAGCAAGCCCUGAAAAAGCCCGUCAGGGCCAAACAGGCUCCCAGGAAAAAAGCUCAAGGAAAAACGCAGCAGAAUCGUAAGCUCACAGAUUUCUACCCUGUUCGAAGGAGCUCCAGGAAGAGCAAAGCUGAGCUGCAGUCUGAAGAAAGGAAAAGAAUAGACGAAUUGAUUGAAAGUGGGAAAGAAGAAGGAAUGAAGAUUGACCUCAUUGACGGCAAAGGCAGGGGCGUGAUUGCCACCAAGCAGUUCUCCCGGGGCGAGUUUGUGGUGGAAUACCACGGGGACCUCAUCGAGAUCACCGACGCCAAGAAGCGGGAGGCUCUGUACGCGCAAGACCCCUCCACGGGCUGCUACAUGUACUAUUUUCAGUAUCUGAGCAAAACCUACUGCGUGGAUGCAACCAGAGAGACAAAUCGCCUGGGAAGACUGAUCAACCACAGUAAAUGUGGGAACUGCCAAACCAAACUGCACGACAUCGACGGCGUGCCUCACCUCAUCCUCAUUGCCUCUCGCGACAUCGAGGCUGGGGAGGAGCUCCUGUAUGACUAUGGGGACCGCAGCCGGGCUUCCAUCGAAGCCCACCCCUGGCUGAAGCAUUAACCCCACGGCCCCACCCCUCCCCCCUCCCUUCUUCAAUGGACAAAGUGCCCUCAAAGGGAAUUGACUUUUUUUUUUUUUACACAUUUAAUCUUAGCAGAUUCCUUCAGAUGUUUUUAAAAAAGUAUAUUAAGAUGCCUUUUCACUGUAGUAUUUAAAUAUCUGUUACAGGUUUCCAAGGUGGACUUGAACAGAUGGCCUUAUAUUACCAAAACUUUUAUAUUCUGGUUGUUUUUGUACCUUUUUUGCAUACAAGUCAAACGUUUGUGCUUCCCGUGCAUGCAGUCAAAGACUCAGCACAGGUUUUAGAGGAAAGAGUCGAACACGAACUAGGAAGCUGGGCGAUGCGCCUUCGUCCACCUGAGGAGCCGGGACUCUCUCCCCUCCUCAGCCCUGACGUCCCAGUGCCAGGCGGGCGCGAGGAAGAGCUGCCUCCCCACGGCCUGGACGGGAUGUUCCCAAGCUCUUGUUUUCCUGACAUCUCGACAGGCGCACAUGGAAGUGUAUGAAUAUUUUUUAAAAAGGUUUCACAGUAAGAUAGUCUUCCCCUCUGCUUUCUCGAAAGCUUACUGACCCGGUGGCUCACGGGCCGGGCCUAGAUUUACUCUUCCACGGGCUGCCGCUUUUCUGGGCACCUCGAAGCAUCAGGGCGGGGAAUCAAAGCAGAUGUGGGCAGGAACAAGCACUGCUUACCUAGCCCUGCCGGGCAGGGGUUCCCGAAACUGGGUUAAUUUCUUUAUAGAAAUGUGAACACUGAGCUUAUUUUAAAAAAAAAAAUAAAAAUCAAAAAACAAAAAAGAAAAAAAAGAAACCACAGAAGACAACUUACAUGUAUAUAGGUCUUGAAGUGAGUGACGUGGCUGCGUUUUUGUUUGGGUUUUUUUUUUUUAGUUUGGCUUUUUUUCUCCCCCUUGGUUUUGUUUCUGUAGAAGAGAUUUGAGAUGGUACACUAUUCUAAUCAAAAAUAAAGUUUUGUAGUGCGACCAGAAAUUACUUACCCAAUUCCCCACCUCCCCACCCCCGCCCCAACCUGAUUCUGCUGGGUUGAAAGUUCCAGACCUGCUGUCAAGGCUUUUGUUUGUCAGACCCCCUGGUGUCCUUCCUGUGAAGAUGCAGCCGUGAACCAAAGGGUGAGCCUACAAGCCCCGAAAUGCAGGGUCCCCAGCCCAGCUGCUGGAGUGCAGGGGAGCGGGCGGGCCCAGCGGCCCAGGGAUCAUGGCUAAGGGUAAAGUUUUCACCUCGACUGUGACAGCAGGAAGAGCAGCAGGUAGCUUCCUCCCAAAGGGAAACCGAUUCCCACUUUCUGUUAACCUGUAGUUCAGGGGCCUGGGGCUCUGGAGCCGUGACGUGGGGUCUCCUGGCCCCCUGCUCCCAGGUAAAUGUGAAUGGAGACAGGCAUGAGAGCCUGUCCUCAGCUUCAGUGCCCCUGUCCCGGUCUCACGACGGUGCUACCUAAGAAAGUCUUCCCCCCACCCCACACUUGCCUGGUCAGUGGUCAGUGAAUUGGAGGAGGAUCUGAUGGGAGUGUGUAAAUGUGAGAUAAAAUGUCUUGGUUGUACCUGUUUGUGGUUUAGCUUUGUAUUUAAAAAAAAAAAAAAGGAAAUAAACUUGAAAAUUAUUUGUCAUCAUAAAAAUGAAAUGAAAAUUAAAAUAUUUAUUGCCAGGCGAGGCUACGUGUGUCA